GAAUUCAGAUAAAAACAGCUAUUUAGCAUUUCUCCCUUUCUCACUUAGUAGAAAACCAUACACGUAAUCUGUCAUGUUUGUUUUCUACACCGUUAUUUUAAAUUUAUUUUUCCUCCCGGGAUGUUUCCAAACGGAAAAAAUUCCCCCAAUCUGCACAACAGAGUACCCAAUACGCUUUGUAAAUUGCUCAGGGAUGGACAAUCUCGAAAAUUUCCGAGAUAUAUUUUACCAGGAAGUAAAUCGUACUUCGUCCAAUUCUGCUAUAGUCGGCGUGCGUAUUGCCAAUUCUUUCUUCCCUUUCAUUGCUCAAGAAUUUUUCAAAGGACUUAAAUUUGGGAGACUUAUUAUAGAAAAUACUGCAUUGAUAUCUCUGAGUGAUACUGACACAGCUUUUGAAGGAUUGGAAAAAUAUUUGAAAGUUCUCAUAAUAAAGAAUUCUGUUCUGUUUUCAGAUUUGAACUGGUAUCAAUUACGAAAUUUGAGGGAACUGAAAUUUAUUAUCUUGGAAAAUAUUGAAUUGGAAUUUGUUGAUAGUGAUAUGAGUUCGAUUGCUGCAGUCGGAUUAGUGCAAUUAUCGAUGGCGAAUAAUAGAAUUUCGCACAUAAGUGAUAAUUCAUUUGCACCGUUUGUUCAUCUUCAGGACUUAUCUUUACACCAUAAUAAUAUAUCAGAGUUGAAGAGAAGUAUGUUUCCGAACCCAGGAAAUAAACUGAGCCGACUUAAUUUAGGCCACAAUAAAAUUUCAUCUCUGCCCUCUGAUUUUUUCACAAACAUGCCAAGUCUGACUUUUAUUAUAUUGUCUCAUAAUGAACUUCUAACUCUUGAUCAGGCAGUGUUUGCUACCAUCUGGAAGAGCUUGACAACAGUUUUAUUAUCAGAAAAUCCAUUGCGAUGCGACUGCAGAUUAAAAUGGUUACUAAAGCAAAAGUUCCCCAUGUUUACUUAUGGAACAUGUGCUGGGCCACCAAAGUUGCGAGGAAAGGAUUUAGCAAAAUUGGAAGAUUUGGAUCUAUGGUGCUUCUAGAAAAAUGGAGAAAAAUGUAGAAUACUUAAUUUUAAACUCUAAUACUGCAAUUUAAAGGUAUAGUUUUAAUGAAAAUAAAGACAUUAAAACCAUUGUUUUUACUUUUCU